UUUGUAGCUCGCUUUUGGCUUAUCCCGGCGGAGUUGCUCUAGGGGAUUGAGGGCAGAACGGCUGUCAUUGCCAUGGAUUUUCGCUCCACUCGCGCCGGGCUUUAAGCGCCUUUAGAGCCAUUAAUGCCGGCCCUUUUGGUAUCUGAGGCAGAAAUAGAUCAAAAGUCAGACCCACACACACGCCGGACCAGAUGAACUGGGACAGGGGUCAAGGAUUGUGACAAAGGCGAAGAUGGCGCUGGAGAAGGCAGUCCCUCCCGUUGGUGGCACAUUUUUAUUGGUCAUUAGUGCGAGCCUCUAUCGGCAUUCGUAAGCAUUUACACAUCGUUAAACUUUCAUUUCCGGCAAAUUAAGCGCAUUUUAUGUACCUUCUCCGUUCGGUCGCCCUCAGCUGGCCGCCUCCUCCGCCUCCUCCUCCGCAUCCUGCCCUGCUGUUGGGGUCACCCGUUGGUCGGUGUCAGCAGAAUGACCACAACAAGCGGACACUGAGAGAAAUCAGAGGUAGAAUGAAUGCCAGCGCAUGUAAGCAAGUCUAAAAGAAUAUUCCACACAGCUUUUGAUUAUUUUUAUAGAUACAUCAAAUAUAGAUUUCCUGCUGGAAAAUGAAGAUUCACAAUCGCAGAUUUGCGUAUCGCAACAUUUUCUCUGACUGCAGGAAAGCUGCCCCACUAGGCUCGUGCUCAUGUCCCGGACUUAAGCAUAUUUAAUGGAGGGCAAGCAAAUGGGCACCGCCUCCGGGCGUGUCCCUUUCAUUGUUUGUCUUUCAAUCGAAAGUCAAUAGCAAGGCUGCGUGGAGGAGUAUAAAAGGUCCGUCACUGGGAAGCCGUACGACUUUCCUCGAUCGCACGAUGUCGUUUUGGGCAGUGAGUCGUGGCCUGACGCCGCCCUCGAAGGUAGUGCCCAUGCUGAAUCCCAACCAGCGCCAGUUUCUGGAGGACGAGGUGCGCUACCGGGAGAAGCUGAAGCUGAUGGCUCGUGGCGAUGCCAUGGAGGAGGUGUACGUGCGCAAGCCGGAAACUGUGGACGAUCCCCUGGAACUGGACAAGCACGAUUCCUUCUACCAGACCACCAAGAGCCUUCUGGUGCUUUUCCAGAUAAUGGGCGUGAUGCCCAUUCACCGCAAUCCGCCCGAGAAGAACCUGCCCCGAACGGGCUACUCCUGGGGCUCCAAGCAGGUCAUGUGGGCCGUCUUCAUCUACAGCUGCCAGACGACCAUUGUGGUUCUGGUGCUGCGCGAGCGGGUGAAAAAGUUCAUCACCAGCCCGGACAAGCGCUUCGAUGAGGCCAUCUACAACGUAAUCUUCAUCAGUCUGCUAUUCACCAACUUUCUGCUCCCGGUGGCCAGUUGGCGGCACGGUCACCAGGUGGCCAUCUUCAAGAACAUGUGGACCAACUACCAGUACAAAUUCUUCAAGACCACCGGCUCGCCGAUCGUCUUUCCGAAUCUCUACCCACUCACCUGGUCGCUGUGCGUCUUCUCCUGGCUCCUGAGCAUCGCCAUCAACCUGUCGCAGUACUUCCUGCAGCCGGACUUCCGGCUGUGGUACACAUUCGCCUACUACCCCAUCAUCGCCAUGCUCAACUGCUUCUGCAGUUUGUGGUACAUCAACUGCAAUGCAUUUGGAACUGCAAGUCGCGCUCUUUCCGACGCUCUGCAGACCACCAUUCGGGGCGAGAAGCCCGCCCAGAAACUGACCGAGUACCGCCAUCUGUGGGUGGACCUGAGUCACAUGAUGCAGCAGCUGGGACGAGCGUACUCCAAUAUGUACGGCAUGUACUGUCUAGUCAUCUUCUUCACAACGAUCAUCGCCACUUACGGCAGCAUCAGCGAAAUCAUCGACCACGGAGCAACCUACAAGGAGGUGGGCCUGUUCGUCAUUGUGUUCUACUGCAUGGGCCUGCUGUACAUCAUCUGCAACGAGGCGCACUACGCCUCCCGAAAGGUCGGACUUGACUUCCAGACCAAGCUGCUCAAUAUUAACCUGACCGCCGUGGACUCUGCCACCCAGAAGGAAGUGGAGAUGCUGCUUGUGGCCAUCAACAAGAACCCGCCCAUCAUGAAUCUGGACGGGUAUGCAAACAUCAACCGCGAGCUGAUCACGACCAACAUCUCGUUCAUGGCCACCUAUCUCGUGGUCCUGCUGCAGUUUAAGAUCACGGAGCAGAGACGCGUUGGUCAGCAGCAGCCCUAGUUCCCAAAUCAAUCUUUCCCAUGAAGUUGUUCUCGCCAAGCUGGGCCAAAAAUAAAAUUCUUUUGGUUUGAAUUGUACAUAAAUCGAUAUGCUAUAUCAACAACGAGUUUAAUAAGGCUUUUGUUGUAACUCUGGUCGAAACUUGCCUUCAAAUUGUGCCACAACCAAAAUGUUUACUUUUUGAAUAGCCUUAGACCCAAACUAAA